AUGCUCUGCGUGCUCCCAGUUCUCCUAGCAGGACUUGUAACUGGUACAUGCUCCCAGCUAACUACAGAGUCGAACACAGACACAACCUACCACCAAAAUGCCGGUGUUCUCAAAUUUGUUAACCCCCUCAUCGGUACCUAUGGAACAACACCAAAUGGCAAUGGCGGCAUGAUCCCAUCGGUCAGCCCUCCCUUCGGGAUGACCCGAUGGACACCGCAGACCCGCGAGAACUUCAUCUCGCAAGUACCCUACGGUGACAGCGACCGUCUCAUCCAUGGAUUCCAGGCCACGCACCAACCAGCUAUUUGGAUGGGCGAGGCCGGCCAGGUUGUACUGAUACCGGGAAUCGGCGAAGUGCAGCCUCUAUUUCAGAACCGAGGACUGCGGUUCAGGAAGAAGGAUGAGAGGAGUACGCCAUAUGUUUAUGAGGUCCUUGUUGAUGCUGCUCAGCUCUUGAACCGUGACUGGAAUGCCACGGCUGAGGCUGUAGGCGAUGGGCCUGUUCCCGGGGGUGCGGGCUCCGUGCCGGAUGAGGUGAAGGAGGGUGCCAGUGGACGGACGCGAAAACGGCGGAUUGAGCCUAUGCCUCGUAGUACAGAUGGUGAUGACAAUAAGAGAUCAAUUCAGGUUGCCAUGUCCGCAGAUUCCCACGUGGGCCAUUUUCGAUUUGACUUCAAACACAGCUCUACCAAUUUCGGCGGCGAAGAACAGCCAUGGGUAUUUAUUCAAGCUUCGCGUCGGAACUGGACAGGCCAAGUCCAUGUGGAUGCGAACAGUCGGGAGGUCUACGGCUAUAACACUGAGCGUCAGGAUUACCUCCUCGGACCGGACAAAGCACCGUCGUUCAAAGGGUAUUUCGUAUCCCGCUUUUCUGAGCCGUUUACUGAAUUUGGUGUGGCAAAUGGAGACUCAGUUAUAAAGGAUGAGAUCCACCGACACGGGAAUUUCACUGGUGCAUAUGUGAAAUUUGCCAACUCGACAUCCCGCGUCGAAGUGCGGACUGGUGUUUCGUACAUCAGCGUCGCACAGGCACGAAAGAACCUUGAGAUCCAGGCUCCAGAUGAGCGCACCUUCGAGGAUACUGUUGAAAAGGUGAAGUCAGCCUGGCUUGAGAAGUUGGGCAGGGUAUCCAUCAAGGGCAUCAACAAGACUCGUCCAGAUAACGACCCGCGCACUAUUUGGUAUACUGGCUUGUUCCAUGCACUCCAGUAUCCAAGUGACUUUUCUGAGCCAACGUCAAAGCGGGAUGGUGCACCGCGUAUUUUCUACUCGGGCUAUACCGAUAGUGUCCACACCGAGAACGACUCAUAUUACCAGUCUUGGUCAAUUUGGGAUACAUACAGAGCCGAGCACUCUCUCUUAACUCUAUUCGCACCAGAGCGUGUGAACAGCAUGAUGCGAUCCUUGCUACGUAUCUUCGAUUGGUCUGGUUGGUUGCCAAUGUGGGCCAACCUGGUCGAGACAAAUAUUAUGAUCGCGACGAAUGCAGAUGUGGUCCUUGCCAACGCUCUAGAGCGAGGCUUCAGGGGCUUUGAUAUUGGCAAGGCUUGGCAAGCAGUCAAAAAGGAUGCUUACACCCCGCCUGAUCAAGAUACCGAUACCCUGUACUAUGACCGUGAGCCCGGUACUUCAUAUGAGGCCCGUGCUGGACUCACAUCAUACAUGAAGCAGGGGUGGGUGUCUAACGACGGAUGGUCCGAGGCCGGUAGCCGCACAUUGGACUACGCAUUCAAUGACUAUGCCUGCUCGGUUGUUGCUGCCCAUGCGGGAGAGAGCAACGCCACUGUGCAAGCGCUCCAGAAGCGAAGCGGGAAUUACGCGUAUCUUUGGAGGAACGAGACUCAGUUUAUGCAAGCUCGUAACGCGAACGGGACAUGGGCUAAUAACACUUUUGGAUGGACCGAAGGCGAUGACUGGGUCUACACCUUUAAUGUGAUGCAUGAUUUGAAAGGACUGGCUGACCUUUUUGGUGGUCGUGAAGCCUUCCGCAAUAAGUUGGAUUCUCAUUUCCAGGGCGGUCAUAAUGACCAUACCAACGAACCAAGUCACCAUGUACCCUAUAUAUAUUCUGCUCUUGGUUAUCCCAAUCAAGCAGCCGAGAUAAUCAGGAACAUUGCUUGGGAGAACUACAAUGCGACCAGUGGAGGGUUGGGCGGAAAUGAAGACUUAGGACAGAUGAGUGCUUGGUACGUCUUCUCCGCAUUGGGAUUCUACCCCGUCAACCCUGCAAGUGACGAGUAUGUUGUCGGGACACCGUUCUUUGAGGAAGUGUCCAUCCGUAUUUCUAACGAAGCGAAAACUGGUGGAGCUGUCGCCAAUGGUAGAGAGAGGAGGCUUGAAAUUCGCGCUCCGGGGGCAUCCACGAAACCAUACAUUGUUGGUAUCAAGGUGGAUGGGAAACCUGUCAACGCCCCUAUUUUGAAGCACAAUCAGAUUGUACAUGCGGCAAGAAUCGAGUUCGAAAUGAGUGCUACACCCACUUCCUGGGGAAGUCGCCCCUUAUGGGAAACUUGA